AUGGUCGCGUGCCGGCGCUGCUCCGAGUUCUACCACCCGAAGUGCAUGGGCCUGAAGCACGUGCCAGAUCCGUGGUACUGCCCGACCUGCGAGCGGGUCCGCGCGAGCGACCCCAGUCGCGAGGCGCGCGCGUCAGCAGUGCCGGCGCACUUUGGCGCGGGCGAGGCGGGGCUGGUGCGCGUCAGGGGCGGAGACGGCGCCGGCUUGCGGAGAUUUCAGACCGAUGUCGUCGAGCCCUUGGACAAGACCGGGCGGAUUCGCCCCGAGGACGGCGCGGACGGGGCCGGGCGGAGCCUGAACAGCACUAAUCGCUCUCAGGCGGCCGGCGCGGAGGGCGCCGGGCCCGAGGAGGUGUCGUCGCGGAUCCAGCAGAUCAGAAACAGAGCGCGCCUCGCCUCGGAGGCCGCGCAGACCGGCGCGAGCGACCACGCGGGCGGCGGGGAGCACCUCGCGGAGAUGCCCGCGCCCGGGGCGGCCGAGGCGCGCGAGGGCGAGGACGGGGCAGGGGCCAUGGACGCGGAGAGCACCGCGCUCGAGUGGGCGAAGAUUAAGGAAGCCUGGGGGUGCAGGUCCCCGGAGGAGCUCAUCGCGGCCGUGUCUGCGGCCAAGGCCAGAUCCGCGGAGCUGGACCGCGCGAUUGCGACCGCCAAGCGCCACUGGGAGCUCGAAGACCGCCGCGCCGCCAUCGAGGCGCAGAAGCUCCAGGUCAUGGAGGCGGCCGUGGCCGCCCUGCCGCUCGGCCGGCACGACACCGCGUCGCUCGGCGCGGUCGCCGGCGGCGACGUCGACGGCGUGGCCAUUCUCGUCGCCACGCAGCGGCCGGCGUCGCCGUCGCUCGACACGCUCGCGGAGGGCGACGAGGAGGCCGAGGACGACGAGGAGGGCGACGAGGAGGUGGCUGCGGAGGAGGAGGAGGGCGGGGACGCGCUGGGCGACAUGUGGGCGUCUACGGCACCCCCGAAGCCAAAGGUGAACCGGAGGGACACGUCGGCGGCGGGGGUGGUGGCGGGGACGGACGGGGAGGUGAUGGACCAUGUGCUGGCGCUGCGGGCCGCGGCGCCGGGGCUGGACUCGGUCGGCGAGGGUCCGGAGGAGGAGGGGGGGGAGUGGUCGGCGGAGCUGACGGAGGCGCAGGCGGCGGCGCGGGACCUCGCGCGGCCGGCGACGCCCGAGAAGCACGCAAACCGCCCGCGCGGAAGCGGCAGCCGCGCGUCGGAGCCCGGGAGCGAGGCCGCGCACCUCGCGCCGCCCGCUGCGCCGGACGAUGACGAAGAGUCGCUCCCUCCGGCUUACUUCGUCGGGCGGGACGAGGCGGACCGCGCGCAGAUGCUGCGGUCGCGGUCCUCGCGCCUCUCGAACGUCUCGCGGCGCCAGCUGGACCCGCACGACGGCGCCGCGCACAGCAUGUCUGGGUCGCUGCGCGACGCCAUGUCGCCGCGUGCGGACGGCGGCGAGGUGCCCGCGUACUUCCUGGACCGCAGGGACGUCGUGCCGGCGCCCGUGAAGGCUGCGUCGCGGCUGGGGGGGUCGUCGCGGAAGUCGAUCGAGCUCCCCCGGGGGAGUGUCGACGGCGGCGCGCGGGCGCGGACGAGCGCGCCGGGGUCCGCGGCCGCGCCGCUGUCGCCCGACGGCGGCAUCGGCAGCGUCCUGGGCGAGGUCCGGCCCUCGAAGAACUCCUCGGGGGGGAGUCUCCCCGGGGCGGUGGCGGCGCCGGACACCGACGCCACCACCCUGCCGCCCGCUUACUUCGUGCCAAAAGAGGACCUGUCCGGCGCGAACCUGCUCGCGCGCCGCACGUCCUCGCGCCUCAUCAGCGUGUCGACCCGCCACGACGACGCCGCGUCGCCGCAGCACCGGUCGUCCACUGGCGCCGCGCCGCACCACGCCGGCGUCGGCCGCAGCCUCUCGGUGCGCGGCGGCGAGUCGCUCAACUCGAGCCUGCGGUCGCUGAAGGCCACUGCGAGCGCGCGCAUGUCCUCGGGCGCCGCGAUGUCGCCGCGGGAGCACGCUGCGCCGCUGCUAGCGCCCAGUGCGACGGAGAGGGCGCAGGGGCUGGACCAGGCGCCGCUGGUCGUUCCGGGCGAGGAGCCCGCGCUCGUCGCGCGGGGCGACGUCGACGAGGAGACGCUGCCGCCGGCGUACUUCGGGCGCGUCAGCCAGCACAGCGGGCGUCCCUCCUCGCACGGCAGCGGCCUGCACGUGGUGACGCAGGGCGCGGCGGGGAUCGCUGCGCAGUACGCCGAGAUCCGCAAGACGCUCGAGGACGCGCAGCCCGAGCGGUCGGAGACCGACCGGGACGCCAGCAGCCUCCAGCCGGCGUACUUUCGCGAAAGGGAAGAGCGGCGGCGCCUCGCGAAGCAACAGGAGGCCGCGGAGCGCGCCGCGGCGGAGCGGGCGCGGCAGGCCGAGGCGCAGCGGGAGCGCGAGCGGCGCGAGGCCGAGCGGGCCGCGAAGGAGGCUGCGAUGGAGGCGGAGGGGCUCGCGGUGCUGCAGAAGGUGUCGACGCUUGCGCGCAGCAAGACGCGGGCGCGGCCGGCGGGGGAGAAGCCGGAGCGCAGCGCGGGGACGUCGCGCGCGGAGGAGGAGGCGCCGACCGUGCGAUCGGCGCUGGACGCGGCGAAGGAGAUGCUCAAACAAAAGGGGAUGGGGCGGCGGCGCGGGCGGCGGUGA